AUGAGCAAGGUUGAUUCUGAAACCAAACAACGAUGGGAUGAAUACAUCGAUUACUCUAAAUUACCCUCUUGGACUGAAUGUUGCUCCAUGUUGGACAAGCGUUGUCAGCAAUUGGACGCACAGUGCCGACGGUCUUCAAAACAGCAUAACCCUACCAUAACAACAAAUUACUCACAUAGUAAUAAUCAAAAACAACAUUCAUUCGUAACAAAAAAUGUGGCUCAAGAUUUUGUGUGCAGUCAUUGCUCCAAAUCGGGUCAUAUGAUAUCAACUUGUCAGCGGUUCAUCGUUCUUACUCCUAAUCAACGAAUUGAACAAGCUAAGCAACAAAAACUUUGCCUCAACUGUUUAUCAAAAGGGCAUGGUUACAUACAAUGCCCCUCAAAAUAUUCAUGUAGAUUUUGUAAACAACGUCAUCACUCGCUUCUUCAUAAGCAAUUAGAACCAACCUGUCCCCAGAAAGAAGAAGAACCGUCAUCAUCAUCUGCUGCUACACAUAGCACCUUUCAAAACAAACCCAGUCCCCAAGUGAGUGCUGUUAUUCUUGCUACUGCAUUAGUAUUGGUUCGUGACUCAGAGGGAAAAUAUCAACUGGGCCGUGCUCUGCUUGACUCUUGCUCUCAAGUUAACUUCAUAAGUGAGACAUUAUGCAAAUCUCUUAAUCUCAAGAAAUGCACAAAUUCAACAGAUGUCUCUGGAGUUGGCUCUUCGAAGUUGAGAGUCACUCAUAAAACACAAACGACAAUAAGAUCUCGUCUUAAUAACUUCAAUAUGUCAUUAGAGUUCCUGGUUUCUCGCAAUAUAACUGGUUAUCAUCCUGAUGAGAAUCUUUCCGUUAAUGAUUUCAAUUUGCCCUCCAACAUAGAGCUAGCUGAUCCAGAAUUUCAUCGUCGACGUGGAAUCGAUAUUUUACUCGGAGCAGAAUCAUUCUUUUCGCUCUUAUCCGUUGGUCAAAUUAAACUUGGAGAAAAUUUGCCCACUUUACAAAAAACUCUCUUGGGAUGGAUUGUCUCUGGAAAGUAUACAAGUCAAACGGCAAUAUCAUCACAAAGGUCUACUUACUCCAUUGUACAACACAAAGAUAUUUUCCAAGAGAUAAAUAAAAAUAUUGAAAUGCUAUGGAAAAUUGACGUCGUUGAAAGCAAAUGCCAAAAUAUGUCCCGAGAACAAAAAGUAUGUGAAGACCAUUUUGUGAAAAAUGUAUCAGUUCAAUCGGAUGGACGCUUAAUGGUGAGAUUACCCUUUAAAGGUGACCCAAAUGUGCUUGGCGAUUCACGAGACAUUGCCUUGCGUCGUUUCUUUUCCAUAGAGAGAAAAUUGAACAAAAACCCUGAAUUAAAAGAGGAUUACUCACAAUUUCUUAAAGAAUAUGAGGAAUUGGGCCAUAUGUCUCAGGUGGACGACACUAAUAUUUCAGUUCCCAACUAUUACAUACCACAUCACUGUGUUCUUCGCCCCAGCAGUGUGUCGACCAAGUUGCGUGUUGUUUUCGACGCAUCAUGUCGAACCUCUUCACAAACAUCCCUGAAUGAAAUUAUGAUGGUGGGUCCAACAAUCCAGAACAAUUUAUUAAUUACUCUGCUUCGUUUCAGGUGUCAUCGUUACGGAAUGACAGCUGAUAUCGUCAAAAUGUAUCGUCAGGUUUUGGUUCACCCUGAGGAUAGACAACUUCAGCUUAUACUGUGGAGAGAUGACUCCACCAAACCGAUAAAAACAUUUGCCCUCAACACCGUUACAUACGGGACAGCUUCGGCACCAUAUCUCGCAAUUCGAAGCCUACAUUAUGCCGCAGAACGUUUUCCCAACCCAUACGAAGUAGGAAAAGACAAAAUAAUGAAUGAUUUUUAUGUCGACGAUAUGGUUACUGGAGCGGAUGACCUUGUAUCUUUAAAACGCAUUAAGAACGAAGUCACCGAAAUUUUAUCUUACUCGAAAUUUUCACUCUCGAAAUGGCAUAGCAAUUACCCAGGUUAUGUCUCAAGUGAAGAUGAAUGGCAACGAAUCUCAGCCAUAAAGUCUCAUUUCUGGAGCAGGUGGCACACAGAAUACUUGGCUCAGUUACAAAAUCGUUAUCGCUGGAAAAACCCACAACAAAAUCUUCAAGUCAACGAUAUGGUGCUCAUACACGAAGACAAUGUUCCCCCCAUGAAAUGGGCCAUCGGUCGUGUUACCAAACUUAGUCCAGGAGCAGACGGUUUUGUUCGAGUGGCAGAAGUCAAGACAUCACAAACUACAUUAAAGCGUCCCGUGGCAAAGUUAGCCGUACUUCCUAAAGAAUAA